CAAAUUGAUUGUGAUGGUGUCUCCCGAAAUACACAGUUGCUGUGCAGUUUGCUCAGCGGUCGUCAUGAUGUAGAGCACGGAAUAACGUUUUCAUGGACCUGCUUGGAAAAGUGGGAAAUUUCACCAUGUUGACAUAGACAAUCCAGGUAAUGAUGAACGAGACUGGGUUCCGGAGGACCCUCCCUGACCAGUUAUCAGGGAGUGGGCACACCUUUGGCACGCCACGUCAGACCAGCAUCACCAACCCCAUCCUGUCAAAGCGGGUCUGCUUCUACAAAAGUGGAGACCCUCAGUUUAAUGGUCUACGUAUGGUCAUCAAUAACCGUACUUUUAAAACCUUUGAUGCACUCUUGGACAGUUUGUCUAAAAAGGUUCCACUGCCAUUUGGAGUGAGAAACAUUACCACCCCUCGGGGGGUCCAUGCAAUCUGUAACUUGGACGAACUAGAGGAUGGGAAGUCCUACAUCUGUUCUGACAGCCGAAAGGUGAAACCAAUCAAUCUAGCAGUGGCCAGGAAGAAGCUGCCUCCUUGGUACCACGCUCGGCCUGUUAGUUCUCGCCGAAGGACAGUCCAAAAGGCCAGGUUUUUCCCCGGACACAGCAUCCGCAGACAGGAGCCACUGGUUAUGCGAACUCCAAAGAAGCUACUGGUCUUUUGCAAUGGUGACCCCUCCAUCAAACGCAGUGUGGUGCUUCACAAGAGGACUACACCUACAUUUGAGUCUAUCCUGGGAUAUAUUUCAGAGCUGAUGCAGUUCCCUGUGGUGAAAUUACACACUCCUGAUGGAAGACGUGUGGAUGGUCUCCCUGGCUUGAUAAUGUGCUCUGGGACUGUAGUGGCUGUAGGCAGGGAGCCUUUCAAGCCUUCAAACUAUACUGCAAAGAAAUCAGCAUCUCCAACAUCUCCAACACAACUGCCAAGCAAGCGGAUGGGUGGUAGAAGACUGAAGGCUGUAAACCGCAAAAAGAAAACUCCAUCAAACACUUCUAAGUCAAGGAUUUUCUCUCCCUCAUCAGAGAGGUACAUCGUGAGUCAGAUUCAGAACUCCAUUACAGAGAGUUUGUGCAACCCCACAAACUCAGUAGAGUUGGAGUCAAGCCGCAUACUGGAUUCAGGUGGAGAGACGGAGAUGGAGACCUGCCUCGGCAAUGGAGCUGAAGGGCAGGACUGUGCAUUGCCCACAGAUGAUGAUAUUGAGAAGUCCUUUCGGGUGAAUCAAGACGGGAGCAUGACAGUAGAGAUGAGGGUCCGGCUGACAAUUAAAGAAGAGGAGACUGUCCAUUGGACUACCACCCUGACCCGCUCCACUGUAGCCAAUCAGCUUACUUUUUUACCAGACCUUGAACAAGAAGAGGAAAUCUGCUCAGCAAAAUCAAACCCUAAAGACUUACACACUCCCUCUACUGCCAUAGAAACCACCAAAAAGGAGGAUCCGACAUCACUGGGCAACGAAGCUUUCAGUCAGAACAGCUUUGAGGAGGAUAAAAUCCAAGUGCAUACAGAUGAAGUGUCGACUCAGACGACACCAACCCCAGGACAAAUGCACAUUAAAGAAAAGCAAACCUCUGUGGAGAGCAUCACAUCAGUGACAGCAGACGGGAUUCAGGAAGGUAUGGUUGGUUCUUACUCCUACAGAGAACAGAUAGAAAAUGUAGCCAUGACAGAGCAGUACUGCAUGGUCAAGCAGAGUAGCACUAGACCAGUGCCCAAACCUAGAAGACUUGGCUCUGUGGAUGCAAAUAGUAGACAAAUUUCUACUUUCAAAUCAGCUGAGAUCCUACAGAUUGAAUCCAGUGAGGAGGAGGUCACUGAGACGGUCAUGCAUAUCUAUGAGCAGCAGACCUGCCAGGACAAUUUCCUUGCGAAUUUUUAUACACAGGGUAUGUCUGCAUCUGCAAUUACUGUUUGCAGGCCAGCUACUUCAGACACAGGACAUCUGUCAUCUAGUAGUGAGUUUGAACCUGAACCCUUGAGACCCUCAACAGCCUCUGAGUCUAUUAGUAUCUGGCAGGCUGAAAGCAUGUCCCUAACAUCAGAUUUAACCUUGCCAUCAUUAAAAAGAGGUGCAAUUCAGGCAACAAAUGCUCACCAACAAUCCCAAAAGCUGACAAAAAGCAAAGGCAAUCCCAAACAAAGAGAGGUCAAUAACAGUAAGCGGGUUUCUGCAAAACCCAAAGUGACCAACAAACGAAUACCUGAAAAAAGGCAAAAAGAAAAUUCUGGAGAGGCAACUGAGAAGCGAAAGAAAGGGAAAACUUUCUCCAGUGCUGGGUUCAUCAAGAGAAUUUAUGGGACAUCAUCCAAAAACAUGAUGAAGCUUAAAAAGAGACAAGCACAAAAUAAGGAUGGAGGUGUUACAACAAAAAGCUUGCAGGUGUCAGAUGACACAAUCAUAAAAGACCCAGACAUCCCAACCGCACAAGAAAAUAUGAAAAAUGCUGUUUCUCUUGAAAAAGACAGACUGAGCGUUUCUCCUCCUGAAGUAAGCCAACUAAAGGGAACACUGAAACGGCAGACAUCAAUGCAUCAGGAAAAAAAGAGCCAAAAUGAUUGCAGUGAUCUCAGUGAAAGCAUGUCACUGCCUGCUUUUAACUCCUCCAGCUCUGUUACUAAUGAAUAUGUAGCAGAGUGGCUGGAGAAAGCCCAAGUAAAAUGCACUGUCAAUGGAGGAGAGGAAAGUAAACCAAAAGCAGUUGCUCAUGUAGACUCAGAGAGUGGCAGGUCAAAAGAUGAGCUCUGUGUGAUGAGUGUGGCAGAAGAAGAGACGUCCAAAAUGCAAACUGUGAAUACCAAGUCGCUGCCAGAGAAUGUGCUUACUAGUAGUGUAAAACAAAGAAUCCAAUGCUUCGAAAGCAAAUCAUCUGAUUCAUCAGUGAAGAAAGCUGCAGUAACUCAGCAAAUGGUUCAUAAAACCAAUCAGACCAUCACCACAGAUGCAGAGCACAGUUUAACUCAGAAAAACACAGAUGAAAUAAAACCCCUCUCCAAUGGCAUCAGUUAUGAAAUAAGUCCACUAUCUACUAACAUUCCAACAGAAACACCAUCAGACAUCGAGGUGGAAAGUAAAUCAAGACCAAUCAAAAUCCAAUUUCAGGAAGCAACACUUCUGAAUACACCUUCAAUGGAUCUGCCACCACCACCUCCACCUGAGAGCCUGGUAGAGUUAUCAGUCGCAGAAAAAUAUGGGAUGGAUUUAUCUUCAGUAGCCAGCAGCCCAUUAUAUAGGGUCUCAUCAGUGAGCAGUCAUAUGUCGGAAAUUCCACCAUUAUCUGUCACCCCUGCAUCUGACAAGGCCAUUUCACCUACCGACCACACAAUGGAAAUGACAACAUCGAUUGAGACUGACAAUCCUUCAACGCUGAAGGAAACACCAUUACCAAGAGUUCCAUCUGUUAAAAGGGUCCCGUUGGUCAGUAAUCUGUCUCUUGAAAGGAAAAUGUCUCUGAGGAGGGAGUCUGUGGAUAAAUACACUUUAUGUAGUGAUGUCCCAUCAUCCACUGACAUCAACAUAGUGGGCGAUAAUGUGUUGCUCAAUGGCAUUUGUUUAACAGAGAAACAGCAAACACCAGAAGAGACACACCAAUCAAGCAGCACCUUAGAUUUGAUGAGCAGUGAGUCGUGUUGUACAUCUGCAUCUCCUGCUAGUUUCACGUCAGAAGAGAGAGAGUCAUCUGCCAGUAUUUUAUCAAGUGAAGCUACAACACCAAGUAGCCUCCUGUGUAAAAAAACAAAGACUAUAAAAACAUUAUCCUCAACUCAGAAAGAAGCACCAUCUCCUAAACCCUUGGUGAAAAAUGUGAAACAGAUAAACAGUCCAUCUCCAGAAAGAAAACCCCAAAUGAAGAAAUUCUCCUCUGAAGUUUCUAAUACUGCUCCAAAAUCAUCUUUGUUACAUAAUCAUCCUUCUGAGAAAACUAUGUCACCAAAUGUUGGAAAGAGAAAAAUUGCCACACCACCUGCUAGUCCUGCCAGUGAAAGAAAGCAGAACCUUCAUAAAUCCAAACAGCAAAAGAUAACAUCUCCAUAUUCUCAAUCUCUUGACAUGGUGUCACCACCUGUGAAGCAGAGGUCAAAUAGACUCUCCAGAAACCUUUCCUCUGACAGUGCAUCAGAAGAAGCAAACCGAGCACAAAGAAAACCAUCACCUCAAAGAAUGCUUCACCAAACACCUCAACCAACACAAGGAAGAACAGAAAAAACACAAAAGAGUGACACUUUCAUGCCCCUCAAAAUUUCUCCAACACAUGAAAUCAUGGCAAAAAUGUCAGAUGAUCUUACAAAUGCACAUGAAGAGAAAUCUAUGAAAGAUAUGCAAAUAAUGUCAGAGCCAUUAAACAUUUCAAACCAGCUAAACAUGAAACCUGUACUUGAGAAGAUUUGCUCUUCAAUUAAGUCAAUUAGACAAUCGAACGAACGCCGAUCGUGUCUAGAAAGGUCCAACAGCUUACCUGACUUUUCCUCUCAUGUGGCCUCUAUAUUUGGCUCAUCAUCAAAAGCUCUUCUUGCUUUCUUAUCUAUCAUGAGCCUGAAGGACAACAUGCCCAAUCUAAACGUAGAUGUGCUGAAUGCAGAUAACGUAACCUGUGCUGAAGCUUUACAAAUGAUCGAUUCUCUCAGUGAAAUUGCCAGCAUUGAGGAUUCUUACAAGUUAAAAAACAGUUUGUCAAAUUUACAACAAUCUGCUUCGCAGCAGCUGCUGCAAAACUGGAGGGAUUUCCAGCAAUUUAGUAACAAAUGCGAAAGUAGCUGCUCUACCCCAAAUUAUGCAGAGCAAGGACUUUUAGGUAAGGUUGGUCAACAAAAAGUCACUGAAGAGAAUCAUAUUGAUGAAGUAAUAGAUAAUCUUGAUAUUCCAGAGGUACUUAAGGAAGAACUGGCUUCUCUUUCAAAGGCUGUCAGCAUGACCAAAAAAGAGGAUUCAGUGUUAAAUCAAUGUAAUUUCUCUUCUGAUGAUGCUUUUUAUGCUAGUGAUACAGCUCAGGAAGACAAAGCUAAUGUUGAUGUUGGCUCAACUGCGGUAAAAAAAUCCACAGACAUUAAACAAUCCAAAUUAGUCAGCGUCAAGGUAAAUCUUGCAAAAGGGCAGGACAUGUCAAGUGCCAAUAAGGUUGCAGAACAGAAUCAAAAUCAGCAUGUGCACAAGGAAAGUGAAUUAUCUGACCCUGAAAGUAACUCUGAGCAGGAAGGGCAACUAAGCGCUAACUGCUAUGUGGAGCUGAACAUAAGCAGGAACAAAAGCAGAUCAGGCCUAGAUAGUGAAAGUAAUCUGGUCAAGGAGGAGCAGCUAAAGGAUGGACGUAAGGACAUGAGUAACAAAGACGUUCAGUCUAAACCUGCAAAACCAUCUAAAUUAGAGACAAAACAGCCCAAUCAAACAGGUUGUAUGGGAUUAGAUAUGAGUGCUGAUGAAGAUGCUUCAGAUGUAGAUGAGGCACCUUCCUCAGAGGGAGAACAGCAAGAUGUUGAACCAAAGAGACUCAAGGUGAUUGUUGAGGAAAGUUUAUCUGAUGCUGAGAACGAGCAACAAGAUGUUGAACCUAAGCAGCUGAAGGUUAUAGUUAAGGAACAUUUGUCUAAUACUGAGAAAGAACUUCAAGAGGCUGAAUCAAAGAGACUUAAUGUUAUUGUUGAGGAAAGUUUGUCCGAUGCUGAGGAGGAGGAGGAAAGUAUAGAGGAGGAAGAACAUGUUUUGAAUACUAUUGAGGAGGAGGAGGAUCAAGAGGAACUAAUAGAGACAAAAGUUAAGUUAAGCUCAGAAGAUGAAAACAGUAAAACAAACAAUAACAGUCUCAGCAACAUAAUAGAUAGAACUAGCUUAAUAAAUUAUACUGAAUCUUGUAAUUUUGAUGCAGAAGGGGAUAGUGGGAAUGACCACAGCAGCUAUACUGACCAUGCAGACAUAGAGCAGCCAAAGACAGAUGAACAGUUCAGAAGCUCAACAGAACUGAGCAACUGUGAGAAAGAGCUCAACUCAGAUGACAAACAUGUUACAGACAGAUACAUAGAUGAGAGUACAGAAUAUCAGCAGGCAAAACUGUCAGGAAAUGAAAAAAUCAAACAUCACUCUGAAGAUAUUAUAUCACAUUCUGUUGCAGAGAGAGUAAGUCUUCUGGAAAAGCAAGUUGCUAAUACCCACAACAGGAGUUCAAACACCAGAAGUUCCUCACAGAGAAAUGUUCAUUUUGUUUCUGACGUUGAGGAUUCGUCCUCGGAGUCUCCCUCGCCCCAGUCAGAUCUCUGCGCCAGCUCAGCGCCUCAGUCAUCAUUAUCUUUCAGCUACGAUUCCAGUAAUGUUAUAACUACACAGCCAGAAGGCAACAGGGUCAAAUCCAUCAGGGAGAUGUUCCUGGCAAAGAGUGCCACCGAUGUUCAGCAAGGCCAAAUAUGUUAUCCGGGCCCAAAAACAUCAGAUCUUUGUGAUUUAAGAGCAGAAACCUCAGUUAGUGGUGGCUAUCAGUCUCAGACUUCAAGUGACUUGUCAAGUGGUGAAGAUGAUUCAUCCCGUAAAUCCAUCACUAAAGGUUUUGUGAGGAGAACAAUUGAAAGGCUUUAUGGCAAGAAAGACUCCCAUUCAGAUGUAGAUGAAAUAAGUGAAAGACCCCCAUCUGCACCCAAACAGAAAAAGAAAGAUCAUACAAGCAUUUUCUCUCCCUUCCAUACAGCCACUUGUAAAGCAAUGUCUGAGUUAUCUUAUUUUAAUUCCACUAAUGCACUGGACACCUUGACUGAAGCAAGACGAUGCCUUGCUUUUAAUGCCCAAGUCGGGCCUGGAGACAGUCUUACUGUCGAUGAAGGACGGUGGCUUCUCAGGGACAACACACUGAUUAGAAAGUCUGUUUCAGAUCCUGUUGGAAUAAAUAAAACCUUGUCGAACUCUCCGCAAAAGGAAGAACUGUGUGAGGACACAGAGGACAACUCUCCAUAUUCACUUUUCAAUACGAAGUCGGAUGAGGAAGAUAACAAAAAGUCAUUUUCAAGAAAGUGCACCUACUUUUCUUUGCCUCAUGGCAGUGACUCAGAUCCAUGUCAGGAUGAUUUAAGUAGUGUGAGCAAGAGCAGCAUGAACGGAGACACCCUGACAGAGACUAAGGACGACUCAGAAGACACGAAAACAUGGGCAGAAAGGAACGGUACACUGCCUGGUGUUAUUAGUGACUUUAAGAUGAUGGAUAACAAAGUACAUCCACUAGUUGAGGUUCCACCUGAUGGUGAGGUUGUAGUAGCGCAGCCUGUUAAAAAUCAAUCAGUUGUGAACAAAAGGUAUGAACCUGACAUGUUGGACUUUUUGUAUAAUUUUUGUGGUCAACACUGUCCCAUUCUGUAAAGUCACUAUGUCUAACUUUCAAAUAGAGAUCCCACACUCACAACAAAAGGACUUUUUUUGUUUAAAUAAAUGUACAUUGUUUGGGUUGUGUACAUUACUUUGACAUUGGUGCCUACACAUUUGAAUGUUGCCAUAGCUUUGGCAUAACAAGCAAUCACUCAUCAUUUGAGCUAACUGCUGAAUGUGGAACAAUGUGUCAUGGAGGCACGAGCCAAUAUGUAAACAUUUAUUCAUCCUGUAUGUAUAUUUUACCAUCUAAGUUCAGAGCUUGUGGUGCGAUUAGCCAGUUUAUGCUUGUUGUUCCUCAUAAAAAUAGCAGCUGUCUUUUUUUGUAACACCUUGAUGUUGUAUUUGCCAUGCACACUCCAGAGCAGCUCUUUCUUAUAGAUCGCCUGUCAACAGAGCUAGUACCCAGAGCAUUACUGUAAUCUUGUUUUAAAACUCUUAAAACAGAUCAAGUCCCCGCAGAUGUCAGGCAACAAGGCCAAUCCCCACCGCAAUGUUAACAAGUCAGUUCAUGGUUGCAGCUCUGGUUUGACCAAGAGCUGAGGUCAAUAGGGUGCUGUUACUAUUCUUAGUCACUGAAAAACUCUAAGUCAAACAGUUAUGUGCAUACUGUAGUUAAUGUCAGUUUAAUGCUUGACACAAGUUUUGUAACUUGGUUGUGUAAAGUGUAAAUUUUCAGUCUUCAAAAAGUAACCAUAGCUUAAGAUCUAUGUUAACUGUCUUUAUGAUGUAGUAUGAUGGAUUUUCUGGUUUACAAUGUGGCAGCUGUGACAACUUUGUCUUUUAAAUGUGUGAUAAUAAAAGUGUGUGUUUACAAAU